UUGUUGGCCUUUCUUCGUAGAUAGUGUUCUGUUAAUGGCAUAAGAAUAUUGGUGGUUUUGGGUGUUUGAUAGUGUUUUGUUACACUAGUUAAUGCCCUUCAUGAAACGUGUUGUGAUUGAGUCUAAGCUUUUUGAGGUGGGUAGGGAUGGGCGAAAUGUAUUUUUGAGCGAGAAAGGGCGGAAAGGGGUGAAAAAUAUGAGUGGGGGUGGGGACUGCUAGGUGGUUUUGUAGAGCUCUGGAGGGUGGUCUGAAGGCUGCAGAUAGGGGCUUCUACUCUGCUCAUAGGGAUGGGGACAGAGGCUAUAUUGCACAAAGCUGUUCCAAUGCUCGAGGGACCUACAUGGUUCUGGUGGAGUAUGGUGGUGGUGGGAGAAGGAGUUUCAUUUUUAUACCUGAAGGCAGAGGUGGUAUGGGAUGGAGGAACUUAAUGGUGGUGUUGCAGGAAGUUGUUAUAGGAGAUGUCUUUGUUUUGACUGCACCUACAAAAUCGUCGUAUGGAGCUCGUUUGUCGUCAUUCAGGGAGGUGCUAGUAGGUUGGCAUGAGGGGCCUGGUGUUGUGAAGGGGACAGAGAUGACAGGUUUGCCUAGGUCUUGUGGAGUUCCACCUUUGGAGAGGGGUCAGUGCAGUGACGGUAAUGGCAGGGUUGGUGUUGGUCCGUAUAAGGAAACAUUUGUAGAGGCCUUAGCUGUUAUCGAAAUGCGUUUGAGAGAACUAAAUGAUAUAGUUGGUUGGAUGAAACACAAUGUUUUGGGGCAGGAUGUGGAACUUCACAGGGGCUUAGGAAAGGGGCAGGCCUUGGGCCUAGUUGAUGGGCCUCAGCCCAAGGACAUACUCGACCCAGCAGUGGACUUUGUUGGGAGAAAGCCACCAAAGGCCGUUGCUGGCCCUUUGGUUCGUGGGACUAAACCAAUGUCGCUGAUGAGGCCUCAGGUGGUCUCGCCGCAUGUGUUCGCGCCGAUGAUCUUGCCGCAGACCGUCGUUCCAUCGGCGACAGCAUUUACGCCAACGGGACCUAUUCUAGAUCGGGAGGGUCUACCGUGAAGCCAUAUCGAGGGAGAUCUUCCUCCUUUGGCUGAGGGACCCUUACAGACAAGCCCGACGGGACCUCAGGUGGUCGCCGACACGGUCUUGACCCAGGCAACGCCGGCGAGGGUGGUAGAUCAAAUCUUAUCUUCGCGCGAGGUGGAGAUAACGUAGAUUCCGUCUAUGUUCUGAAG